GAUUCAGUGACGUCAACGUAAUAAGUGCUGUGCGGAAAAUACGUUUGAUCAGAUUGUAAAAUCGAUUUUACAUCCAAUGCGAUAUUUCCAUUCUACAGAAUGAAUUCUUUGGUCGGUUCUGUAUCUUAUUUGUUAUAUUUGGUGGUAACAUGCCAAGCGUCGGGAACAGAUAUAGCACUAGAUGCAAAGGCAACUCUCUUGCAUCGUAUAGACAGUUUAAAUCUACUAAUUUACACUUGCCUUUUAACGUUAACUGUUUUAACUAUAUGGGUAUUUAAGCAUCGUCGUGUGAGCUGGCUUCACGAAACAGGCCUAGCAGUAAUAUAUGGUCUCAUAGUAGGAGCAAUCAUUAGAUAUGCGGGAAGUACAAAUCAAGUCACAUACAUUGAUGCCCACCCUGCUGCAGACACUAAAUACAAUUUGUCUGUUCCACCAGACAUUGUGCGCUUUCAUUUCCCAGACAAAAUACAAAUUUCAUCCGGAGAAUUGCCUGUACCAAACAAAACAUAUGCAUACAGCUUUAGAGGUGAGAUAGUAAAUGUGGAACAAAAUGAAAUAGACCUGAAAGCUACAUUUGAUCCUGAAAUAUUUUUCAACAUCAUUCUACCUCCUAUAAUUUUCCAUGCUGGUUACUGCCUCAAAAGAAAAUACUUUUUUCGGAACCUAGGUGCGAUACUGACAUUUGCUAUGGUCGGCACAGCUCUCUCGGCUCUAGUCAUUGGCUCUUUAAUGUAUGGCUGUGUGCAACUGAUGCCCGCAUCACUAGCGACCAGCUUCACAUUCCUGGAUACACUUUAUUUUGGUGCUUUAAUCUCGCCCACUGAUCCUUUAACAGUUCUCGCUAUAUUCUCACAACUUAAGGUGGAUGUUAAUUUAUAUGCUAUGAUAUUUGGCGAGAGUGUGCUCAAUGACGCAGUUGCGCUUGUACUUAGCGGUGCAAUACAGAACUAUGAAAAGAGAUAUUCAACUGACGGUGGGUUCGAAAUAACAGCUUUUUUGGCGGCAAUCGGAGAUUUCAUCGGAAUAUUCAGUUUGUCACUCCUUGUAGGUGCAUUCAUAGGCUGUCUGACGGCAUUGAUGACCAAGUUUACGCACGUUCGUGAUUGGCCACUUUUGGAAUCCGCGUUGUUUGUGCUCAUGUCGUACGCCGCUUUCCUCAUCGCUGAAGUUUGUGAAUUAACAGGUGUCGUCGCAGUGUUGUUCUGUGGUAUAUGUCAAGCGCACUACACCUACAAUAACCUGUCGUCGGACUCUCGGAAUAGGACCAAACAAUUGUUCGAGCUGCUCAAUUUCCUCGCCGAAAACUUUAUUUUCACGUACAUUGGUGUAUCGAUGUUCACUUUUCCGAAACACCAUUUCGACCCCUGGUUUAUCAUCGCUGGAUUCCUCACUUCAACACUCGGUCGCGCGGUUAACAUCUACCCAUUAUCGUUUCUUCUUAAUCUAGGUCGAAAACCUCCCAUCCCAAUGAACUUCCAACACAUGCUAUUCUUUUCUGGGCUCCGCGGCGCGAUGUCGUUCGCGCUGGCCAUCCGCAACACGGUGUCGGAGGCGCGCCAGGCCAUGCUCACCACCACCUCGCUCAUCGUCAUCGCCACCGUGGUGCUGCAGGGCGGCGCCGCCACGCACGCGCUCGCCUACCUGCGCAUCCCCACCGGGGAAGGUCAAAAUGAGGAAAGCGAAGCCCUACCCUACCGCGACGUGAGAAGUCUGUACCAGGCCACGGACACAGGCAGACCGAACGGCCGCAUGGUAGUUAAGUGGGGCAAUGACGAAAAUGGAGUGAUUAUGCCUUACCAACUAGACUCUUACGAAGAUACUCCGCGGAGCGGGGACGGCGCGGGGGGAGGGGAGAAGGCGAGGCUCGCUCGUCUGUGGGGAGCCGUCGACUCGAAACUGCUCAAGCCUCUGUUGACGCACGCACGGCCGCCUCUCACCGAGACACUGCCAGCCUUCCUGAGACCGCUCGCUAGGCUGUUGACUACGACGAGGCAGUACACACAGGGUGAAAACAGCCUACGAAGAACAGACUCAGAUUCUGACCUGUGUAUUGAUGAACCUCAACCUGUUCCUACAACUAUCGACCCUCAGCAACUUUGGCCCGGACUUGUGGAUACAAGAAUCUCGGUAGAGGGUAUUACUGGAAGUAAUAUAUAAUAAACAAAACAGUUACAAAAUUUAAUGCUCUUUGUGCCACGAUCUCUAUAUUUAUAUUAUAAUUAUUUUAUGAAGAUGCCACUUUCAGAUUUUAAAAUGUAUUUUUCUAUUUUCUGAUUGGUGUAGCUACAAUGUUUAGGGCUCCUCGGAGUACUAGUGUAAGUAGCGGUCAUGCCAAGCUUUUUAGUGUUAAUAGAAUUUUUUGUAGUUCUAGCUGGACAUAUAUAACCAUUACAAUUGUGACGUGUUACAUAAAAAGUAAUGGUAUAAUUUUUUAAAUAAUUUAAACUUUUCUUGACCCACCCAAUCAUAAAUGUGCAAAAUUUUUCGCCAUACUAUGUACUAAAGUACAAUUGUUCAAAAUUAUCUUUCUCACACUUCGUCACUAGUAUUCAAUUUCUAUUAACCUAAAAUAAAUAUUUUUUCUUGGUAUAACAGUAAAUGUGUUUGCAGUUUGUGAUUUACAUAUUAAAUGUACAGUUAUUUCACAUUGUGCUUAAGUAUUUCACAAAGUAAGCGUUACAAUUAAAGAAAUUCUUUACUUUUGUUUAAUAAUAUAUAUUUUUACUGCAAAUUUAUAAAAAUACUUCUGUUAUAUAUAUUGAGGUAUGUAUGGACUUUAUAUACAUCAUAAAAUGAACAUCAUUUUUAUAAUAAAAAAAAAAGAUAAGUA